AGUCUGAAGCCCAUGUGCAGCCACCCCGCAGCCCAGCAAAUAGUACUCGCUCCAAGGCUGGACUGGAUCGCAAACAUACCACAGCUGACUCUCUCGCGCGGCCCAGGAGGAAGGAAGAGGAGGAGGAGGAUGAACGGCGGCGUCGGCGGCAAGAAGAAGUUCGGCGGCGGGCGGGUGCCGACGGGGACCCCCUCGCUGGCGUGGUCGUCGGUGGUGGUGGUCGCCUCCCUCCUCGCCGGCGCCUCCAUCGUCCACAACAUCUACAAGCCAGACAUGACUCUACCGCCGGUGGAGGUCGUGGACAGCAACGGACCCGGCGCCGGCAGCGGCGAUGGCAAAGAGAGCUGAGCUAGACCCGACGGACGGCGGCGCCGGUGCUCGAGGCUCGAGAGGAUAGAUAACUAAGGGCCGUUACUUUAUUUCUAGCUCGCUAUAAACAUAUGUGAUGGAGUUGUUCGUUUUGUAAUCUUCAGACAGGCGUGAACAAAACAAUUCGAGCUUUUGGAGCUUUCAUUAUGUACUCUGCUUAACCUGCUGCACUACUAUUGUUCUUUGUAUGGUGAUUGAUCAUCGAUCCAUGGUGCUUGUUAUAUUCCUCAAAAGAUUAGUCCGGGA